AUGUAUUACCUUUAUAAGGCGAUCGCUGCAGGAUGGCGGAUUACGGCUAUUCAAGUAUCUGAAGAGUCUCCCUAUAUUGUCUCCCUCUUUAUUCGUAUUUUCAGGGAGGAGAGUGCCGACCAACUGAAAAGCCGUCUUCUAGAAGAUUCGCUAGCAUCAGAAAAAGAAGUUGAUGCUUUCCUGAUUUACGUAUGUAACAUCUUGGGAAACAUGGGUAACUAUCGUGGCUUUGGAGAUACAAAAAUCAUUCCACGCUGCUCCAAGGAAGAGUUCCAAAAGGUUCUGCAUUGCACACUGGCCUAUCAAAAGUCGCGCGAGGCCAUCGACAAUCUCUGGGAGCACUGCGGAGACAAGAUUUUUUCUCACGAGCCCAACGAGCUCCGUCUUGGUCUUGGCGCUUCAGGCGUAAGCAGCUAUUACAGCAGCAACAUUUCUCUGAACGACAUCAAGGCUGUUCAAGAGUAUUUCCCAGUGGACUGUUCACAUUGCAGAUACUGCGACUCGCAGAACAUGCAGUGCUACAACAACCGUUUGUUCAAGCAUGCGGACGGUACGCUGGAGUUGCGCAUGGCUUCCACGGAGAGCCUGCCGACGCAGUCGAUCGAUUCUCACGACGUGCUGAUCAAGAAAACGACCGGAGACUACGCUCCGAUUCUCUCGAUGGUGGUGCAUUAUCUGAAGAAGGCGCAGGAAUACGCGCUGAACGAGACGGAAGUGAAGUAUCUGCAGGAGUACAUCAACAGCUUCACCGACGGCGACCUGCAGCAUCACAUCGAUGGAUCGGCGCUCUGGACGCAGGACAAGAAGCCGGCCGUCGAGAACUACAUCGGGUUCAUUGAGAACUACCGCGAUCCUUAUGGCGUCCGAGGAGAGUGGGAAGGCUUCGUCGCGAUCAUGAACAAGAAAUACACCAAAAUCCUGUCCGAUCUGGUGGAUCAGGCGCCUCGCUUUUUGUCUCUUCUCCCGUGGGAUUCCGCCUUUGAGAAGCCCGUCUUCCUCAAGCCUGACUUCACGAGCAUCGAUAUUGUUGGGUUCUUCGGAUCAGGGCUGCCCGCGGGAAUCAACAUCCCCAACUACGACGAGGUCCGCCAAUCGGUGGGCUUCAAAAACGUUUCGUUAGGGAAUGUGAUUAACGGAAAACGUCCCGAGACCGAGAAGAUCAACUUCAUUGCCGAGGAAGACCAGGCGCUUCUCCGUCGCAGCUCGGAAGCGUUCGAGGUGCAAGUGGGUCUGCACGAAUUGUUGGGCCACGGAAGCGGCGUGCUGUUCAUGGAAUCGAGGGACAGCGAGGGCAAGCUGAGCACGAACAUCCCGCAGGGAUUGGAGCAUCCGCUGCUCGGCGGAGCGAUCGAAAGCUGGUACAAGGAAGGCGAGACCUGGAGCAGCGUGUUCAAUACGCUGGCGAACACGUACGAAGAGUGCCGUGCAGAAUGUGUGGGGCUGUAUCUCUCUACAUUCCCUGAGGUUCUGCACAUCUUCGGCUACGAUGGCGAGGCCUGCGACGAAAUGAUGUACUUGAACUGGCUGCAUCAGCUCCACAUGUCUCUCGUGUCGCUCCAGGCGUAUAACACGGAGCAUCACACAUGGACGCAGUCUCACUGCUGCGCUCGCCACGUUUAUCUGCAGGUGCUUCUGCGAAACACGCACGACUUUGUUCAUAUCACUCCUGCCUACGAUGAAUCGGGAAAAAUGAUCGACUUCACACUGACGAUUGAUCGCUCGAAAAUCGUGUCAGAGGGUCGAAGAGCGAUCGGCGAGUUCUUGAACGGAUUGCAGGUGUACAAAGCGACGGCUGACUACAAGCGAGGCGAGGCUUUCUUCAAUCAGUACACCGAUGUGGACGACACGUUCCUGCUCUACCGCAGCAUUGUCCUGCAGAAGAAGAAGCCGCGCGCCAUCUUCAUGCAGCCUGAACUUCGGCUUCAAGAUGGAAAGGUGAUUUGCCAUCCUUCUGAGAUCUCAAUAAGCGGAGUGAUUGAGUCAACGGUUCGUAUUCUGGGAGAUGAGAUUUCUGAGAGCGACUUCCUUUCGUGUGUUUACAGAAAUGAGUUGUGUGUUUGA